AACUUUUAUAACAUAAAUUUCAUUAUUAUCACGACGAUUAGAAAUAUUAUUCUAAUUAUCACUCUAUAAUUUAAAGUCCCGUAAAUAUCAUCGAACCACGUGGUUUGCUGUCCAUAAAAUCUCAGAGGACAGACGCUAUAGGCAAUGUGGAGUUCGAUGCAAUGCUGCAAAACAAGAAAACGUUAUGAUAUCAAAAUAAUAAAGACUAAGUAAUGUCGUCUGUGACUAAUGUUCGAUUUUACACAAAUAGAUCGAUUCCUAAUCGUCGGGAAAAAAUUUCUGCUCUUAACAAAAAAUUAUCAUUUUAUUUGAGAUAAUAUUUUUAGAAAAGUGUAAAAUGUAAUUUAUCUCAAGUUCAUUAAGCUGUUAUUAUAUAUUAUAUAUAUAUAUAUAUUUACUGUGAUAAAUAUAAGAAGCUUGGAGAUAUUUAUCUUGAUGAUUUUGGGCAUUUCGUCCCCUAACAUUAAAGACGAUAAAAAGAAUAAAGAGAUGAAGAAAAACCGUUGAGUGACCCUAGAAGCAUUUACGAAAUUUUAUCACCAGCGGUGUGAGUUGAAUCGUUCGAAUGACCUCGAGGGAUGAAAAAUAUUGAAAAGACACUUAACGACACCUUAAACACGAUGAUAGAAGCCUCAAGCAAUUUUAGAACACGGCUACUUUUAAAGGAAAUGGACGAAUUGAGAGAACGUAUCGUUGAGCAGUGGGAGCAUCGGUUCCACAGUCGGUUUAUUAAGAUCGGUGUUCUCUCUGACAUGAAAAAAAAAGGUGUAAAAUGAAUCGGCGAGAAGAUCCACUGCUUCGGCAGCAUUGUAAUCGUCUACUCCAACUUGCCGAAACAACUAACAUCAAACCUGGACAUGGAAGUAGCAAAAGACGAGGCCAAAGAUCGUCCCACGGAUUCAGUUCAAGCAUCAAUGCCCGGACCACGCUUCAAGAUAUCGUCAGGAACGAUCCAGGAUACACGGCUAACAUUGAACAUCUUGUUUUUCCGAAUCGUAAGGGUAGUAAUCCGAAUUUAGCUAGUCACAGUGGACCUUUAUCUUCUAAAGCUAAAUCAAACAAUCCUGGAAAUUCUAAUAAUGCUUCGACGACUAAAACAAAACUCGUUGAAGUAAUCGCUCAUCCUUAUAUUCGAGGAUUAUCAGAGGAUUCGAUUACGACAAAGAAAAAACCUUUUAACGUUGUCUCAUUAAACGGUAGAGCAGGAGAAGCUACGGUGAUUACAUCAUCCAGCCAACAACCAAAUUCGGGAUCAGCAUCUGCAAAUUUCAAACACCGUCGAUGGGUUUCGCAGCCGUCUCAAGGUUCACAGUCGUCAAAACAACAUUCGAUAGAAGAUGGGGGAAGCCACGUGGGCUCUGUGGGCGUUUCUGGAAGUACGACAUCAGUCCAACAACCUCGUCGGGUUAGUCCCGCGUCAGACCCAAAAGAAAUCAAUUCUUCAUCAACAAUUUCAAUUGGAACCAGGGAAAAAACAGAGAGGACGACAAGUGUUUCAAUUGUUCAUCUUCGCGGUACUUCUUCAGUGGAAUCCUGGGAAAGUCGACAAACGUCGAAUUUUUCGGGAAACAGGUCGAAGAGCUACAACCGUGCAAGUUCAAUACCAGCUUUAAAAAGACACGAAACACCUACGGCAAGUAGUGUAACUAUUGGGAAUACGUCUUCAUCGAGAAAUCAUAAUCGAUGUCAAGAACCGCAAAAUCAACGGCGACGUGAAGCAACGAAUUCAUUUCUCUCGGGAGGUCGCAGUACGUCAGGUGAACUAUUUGUCAGCGGGAAUUGUAGCAGAGAAUUAUCUCCGGUGCGCUGGUGUGACCACGAUGUAGAUGGAGUGUAUCUCGGGAGAUCUGGGUGGGUUCAAGUUCAGCAACGGUCCCUCGAUGAGAAUCGUAAGAUCAAAUACGAAAGCAAUCCCCAAGCGAAAUGUAGCGGAAAUAGCAGCGGAGUGACGGGUACUAUUCCACUCCCACGACGAGCAACUGUAAAACUUAUAGACUAUCACUGUAGCAACAGUGAACCAGGAAAACGUUCAGAAUAUUUAAGAAGUCAUACUUUAGAUUCCCACCGGCCAGAUUUCCUGAAGCUUCAUAGUACCGAAUAUGAAUCCCCGAGUGGAUGUGCUUCACCUCGCAGUAUUCCUGAGUCUUUCUCACCACCCUCAAUAACACCAAUCAUAUCACCACCGCCAGCCUUUCAAGACGCUCUUCAGAAAAGAGCAACACGUUCUUCACGAUUCAGUACUGCAUUUGGGAAGGCCCCUUUUCUUCCGCGAUCUAAUGCUAUUAUUGACAGUGAUCUCAUAAGUCCACCACCUUCACCGCUGGUUAAUAAGAACUGGUGUUCAUCAACAUCAUCGACAUCAAAAAAAACAUCUAACAUAUCCAGUAAAUCUCGAUCGAGAUGUCAGACGACGUCCCAAGUAUCCGGAAAUUCCGCUGUCGUCUUACAAUCAAAGCAAGACAGUAAACAAUCUCGACUUGCAUCAGCCAAAUCUUUGGAAGAUCAGUCAAGUACUCGAAGAUCACAAUUUGCUCAAAGAUAUUUUGAGUCUUCGUCAUCUUCUUCAUCUUCUAUGGGAUUUCGAAGUCUUGACAGUUGUGUCAACAGAAUUACAAUGCCGUGCUUAACAGAGAACACAGAUUCUUCAAUUGAAGGUUAUGAAGAUGGAGAUGAAGACGAUAAUCCGGAUUCAUUGUUAAAUAGGAUUUCUUCUCCGGGAACCAUUUUAGACUUUUCCCCGGAUGGGAUAAUAAUAAACCAUGAAAGAUUAUCACCAUCUGGACGGCAAUCGCGCUUAGGGCGCAGUCAGCAAACAUCACGGAGGUCACCAGGUUCUUCUGAUGGGGGUAAAUUAUCUUUUGAUUCUUAUUCAUCGUCUUCAUCAUCUAUAAAUAGUAUUGAACGGACAGAAAGAUCUCCAACACCUAAUAACUUCAAACGCUCGAAUCAAUCCCGACAACAGCAUCAAGGAUUUCGGGGUACUCUUGCACUAUCUCCAGACUCACUGCAAGCUUCCAGAGUUCGGCGUUCUAAAAGUCUUCAAUUACCCGAAAAACGAUCCCCAGGAUCUACCAAUCAUCAGCAACAAUCAUCAAGAGAGCAUUAUCACGAAGCAAACGAUUCCAAUAGAGUCGUUGUAAAAAUGAUCAACGACAAAAGUGUGGAAAGAACUAAAAAACAUUCAAUGCCAAAUCGCAAAACUCAGUCAACAGAAGAAACGGUAAACGUUGAAAUUCAUCGUGAACCAGAAACAGUCACAGAAUAUCUUUACGGUACAAGAAGCAGACCAAUGACAAGAAAUAUUCAAUCAGGACGUUACGAUAAUCGGGAAGACAAAAUUGAUCGGCGAAGCACAACAGGCGCAUGCGACGUGUAUUUUAUUUCAGCAAAACAGCCACGUCAAAAACAGCCAGUAGUAAAUUACAGUCAGCAGCAGCAGCAGCAAAAGUCAUCUAACAGACCAUCAAGAAUACUUCAACGAGGGGUAACAACUCCAAAUACAAAUUCAUCAGUCAUACCUUCGGAGUCCAAGAUACGAUGUAAUACGAGCACUUGUAACUUUUGGCCUCACUGUACCCAGCGGGAGACUCUCUACUCACCUAAUCUGAGUCAAACUAGUAUGAAAUUAUCUCAAAGCUAUCCAUCCCAUCGUCGAGUAUCUACUGACAAUAUUAUCAAUCAUACUAGCCGAGAUCGUGACAGUGCUUGUUCUUCUCCAGCAGCUCUAGAUGUAGUCGAGGAUCGAGACAUGAGGAAAUCUCGUCAACGAGGAGAAUAUUAUCCUCCACUGUCGAAACACGAAGAACGUGGACCUAAAAGUGUUUUGAAACAAACUCGAAAGUCUCCUGUAGGCUCACCCAAUGAAUUAGAUCAAAUUACACGAUGGGAAUAUCGAAAUACUCAUGGUGAUAAUAUAAGCCGACGUGUGUCACCAAUACAAUCAAAAACAAUUAGAAGAUCACCUAACGGUGGAGGUAAUUCAUCUGUCACUAAUUCAUCAUCCUCAAGCAGUGACAUCUGGGUGACAACCUCUGACAGAACAGUGACGAAGAGUCCAAAGAAUCCUAAGAGCAGUGGAGGAUCAACUCCUAUAGAUGAUGGAAUAACAGGAUCAUUGAAAACUCUUUUAGAUCCUCAACCCGAUUUAUCAAGACCUGGAAGUGCACCAGCAAAAAGAGAAAAUUCCCCUGAAGAAGUAAAACAUCUUGAGCCUCAUCAAAGAUCAUCUUCUUUGCCGAAAUCCUUUUUAACACAUGAAUCAAGCGCUGAUGGAGAUGAGUUGUCCUCAGCUAAACACUGUACCGAAGGCUCAAAACGAUCAACGCCAAGUCCUCGGUUAAAACCUGAUGACUUGUCUUUCCCUCAUACAGCUCCUGGUUCACCAUCUCACGGUCAUCAUUCGAUUUCUCGAGAGACAUCGACAGAAAGAAGACGGAAAACUCUCGGAAUAAGUCGUAAUCAAAGACGUAUUAAAGCUUCCAGUACUCCGGCUCUUCUUGACCGAGACGAAAGUCAAUUAUGGUCAAGUAAUGUAAAUCAGUACGCCAAUGACGACGCACCUCGAAGACGAGAUUUAAAUACAGAGCAUCCGUUAGUAGAAGCUUCAAUUCCACUCAUACAACACCCACGGCUUCAGAAAGAAUCUAGCAAUAGUAGCACACACAAUGAAGCUCAAUCAUAUUCUUCUAAAGAUGGUUUAUCCCAGAAUCAGCACGAAAGUGUAAUUCAAAAAUUUCGAAAAAGUUUUUCAUUGAGAUUUCAUAAACGUGGAAGUAAAGAAGGAAGUACUGAAGUUGAUGGGCAUCCUAAUGUUCUUAUGCCUCCUGAAAAUGAUAGAGAUUCAUCUUCAAUAACAUGCAUCAAUGUAGAAGAUCAUAGAGAAUCUGUUCCAACAAUCGAACAACAUAAAGAAGAUUAUUCCGAUCAAAAAUUUCGAUUUGGGCCGCUCGUCUGGCGAACAAGUAAAGAGAGAAAAAAAAGCAAUAAAGCCGCUCGCAAUGCUAAAUGCAAUAGUGGUGACAGUGGGAUUCAAAUUGAGAUAACUGGAGGACCGUCCACUGAAGGCAGUAGUGCCGGAAAUCAUGGUGCUGGUGAUAGUUCUGAAUCACACGACACUGAUGUACCAGAUGAAACCGAUAGUCCUCCAGCUCUCCGUCGCCGAGUUAAUGAAAAAUCUCGGCCACAGUCUGAGCUCAUUAACCAAAUACUUAUCGAUAAAUUCAAGACGGAUAUUCAACAAAAUCGUUCAUCGCGGCAAUACAACGUAAGAAGAACAAACAGUGAUCUUGGUGGACAAAGGCUAUUCCAAUGGGACAACAGAUCCUACGGUGGUCAAUUAUAUUACAGAAGAAUGUUGUCAACACCGUCGCCCAUUAAGUCACGACCUCCAAGGCUGAGUCCGAGACACUCCUCUCAUGACAUCGUUACACUAAGAAGUAACGCAAGAGGGAGAAACUCUCGGACAAAUUUAAGACGAUCAUUGAGUCAACCACUCGGGAUAAAUCAAUUAUCUCCGUUGAUGCGCACCAAAACUCCAGGUGCAAAAUUUCCCGGUGGUAACGUCCUGUCAGAAGAUGAGCAGGAUUUAAAAUCAGGGGGUAGCGGUGGUACUGGCGUUAUUGGAACAUCCGAUGAUGAUAUGAUGUCUGACUCAGAGUCGUCGAUUGCUUCAUUCUCAGAGAUAAAAAAAUCAUUUGAACACCCGAUGGAUGAAGAAAUCGCAAUACUUGCUGAAGCUGUUUGGGAUCAUGUAGCAAUUGAACCUGAAGAACUUGCAUUUAGAGCUGGAGAACUCAUUGACGUACUUGAUACAUUAGAUAAAGAUUGGUGGUGGGGUUGUUGUAGAGGAGAACAUGGCUGGUUUCCCGCGGCAUUUGUCAGGUUGCGAGUAAGUCAAGAAGAGACUGUAGAAGAUUGUCUGGCAGCGAUGGCUUCUGGUGCAUCAUCGAGCUCUCAGUCUAGACGAAGGACUAGUAUAUCCCUACUCUCAAAUGAACAAGUACGAAGUAGCGUAGUACGUGAACUUGUACAAACUGAACGUGAUUUCGUUAAAGUGUUACGUGAUGUUACGGAAGGUUACAUCGCUGAGUGUCGCCGGCGUAUUGAUAUGUUUACUGAGGAUCAAAUAGAAACUAUUUUUAUAAAUAUCGAAGAUCUUCUAGAAUUUCAAACAGAAUUUCUUAAAGAUCUCGAGGCACGCAUAGAUUGGAAUGCAGCACACAAAAGCUGCGUUGCCGAAUGUUUUCUUAUUCAUCGUAACGGGUUUAGAAUGUACUCGGAAUAUUGCAACAGUCAUCCAAUGGCAAUUGUAACGCUUCAAGAACUUUAUCGUCACAAUCGAUACAGCAAAUUUUUUGAAGCCUGUAGAUUGAUGCGCGGUCUCAUCGAAAUUCCUCUUGACGGUUAUCUUCUCACGCCUGUUCAAAGAAUUUGCAAGUAUCCACUGCAGCUUGCUGAGUUGCUUAAGUAUACCAAAGUCGAUCAUCCGGAUUAUCAUAAAAUACGGGAAGCGUUGGAUGCAAUGCGUGCCGUUGCAGUUCUCAUAAAUGAACGGAAAAGACGGAUGGAAAGCUUAGAGAAGCUCGCAGCCUGGCAACUGAGAGUUGAAGGAUGGGAGGGUGAGGAUCUCAUAGAAGUGUCAUCUCAGCUAAUUUUUCAAGGUGAUGCUGUGAGAGUAACCACUGGAAUGUGGACUAAUAACAUCACUCUCUUUUUAUUUGAUCAUCAACUUGUCUAUUGUAAGAAAGACAUUCUGAAACGUGAUACGUAUAUAUAUAAAGGUCGGAUUUAUUUAGAUACUAGUGAGGUGAUUGAUGUUCCUGAUGGCAAAGACCAUCAACUUGGUGUCACUGUAAGACACUGCCUCAAAAUAUAUAGUUGUGUGCGGGAUAAAUGGCUACUCUUUUGCUGCAGAACAGCUGAAGAUAAACGCAAAUGGCUUGCUGCCAUGGCAGAAGAACGAAGGCUCGUUGAAAAAGAUCGCAAUGAAGGAUUAGAGUUUCCUACCGCUGCAAGACAACUUGCUCGAUUAGCUGCAACAAGACAGCAACACCGUAGACCACCAAUGAAACCUCGCAAUAAAACAUAUAAGAGGGAAACAUACGAGAUGCCUGCAUUCCAAUCUAAUACAUCAAAUUCAUUGGGCCGUAAAGUCGGAACGUGGUUUACUUUCGGCAGCGGGAAAAAAGGAAUCCGAUUGCGGCCAUCUUGAGCCAGGCCUACCUUCGUACCAUACAUUGACUUAUGAUGAAUAAAAAAAAACUUUGAUCUUUAUAAUGACAAAGUUUAUUUGUUACAAGCUAUUGUAAUUUUUAUAAAGUUAAAACUUUAUGUAUGGCACGAAGGUUUGUAUACUUUCCAAUAUUGCCAAAUAAUAGAAAACAUACUUCGU